AUGUCAGCCAAAGUCUCGUUCAACCAACCUUUGAAAAGUCUCACAUUUUGUGGAGCAGAGAAUAUUGCUGCUCUGUUCGACAACGACUUCCGAAUCGCUUGGAGCUCCACGGGGACUCACGCAUUGUGUGGAGUACUUGAAGGGAACGAAUCAGAAGAUAUUUUCCUGGUCAUCAACAAGCUGAAAUCGUCGAGUGUGGAGGUGUAUGGUGUGAAUGCGUACAAUAAUCCGAAAGGAAAAUAUGUUAUAUCAUACCAAGCUCAUCAGUCCCCUACAACUCACUUCUCAAAAUACCGUAGAGAUUUGUAUGCGUCUGCCGAUCAAGACGGAAACGUCUGGAUUCAAUUUGGUGACACAAGAGCACCGAGCAUGAAGGAUGCCGCUCGCAAACUAUACAAAGAGAACCAGCACAGAAAGAAGCAUGACAAAUCCGACAAAGGACUUCAGGGGCAUUGA